UAUAUAAAAAAGGUAUAUAAAGUCCUCCGAAGAUUAAAGGAUAUAGGCCUUAACCUAGACCUUAAGAAAUAUAUAUUCGUAAUAAAGGAAGUUAAAUAUCUAGGGUAUAUUAUAGAGGUAAAGGUCUAUAUCUCUCCUAACCCUGAGAAGAUUAAGGCGAUCUAUAAGUAG